AUGAACGGUCAGCCGCAACAGCAGCAGCAGCUGGCUGCUGUGAACGUGUACCCAUCACCAGCCUCGACUUUUGGCGGACAGCCGCAGGCGUCGCCACACCAGCAGCAGCAGCAGCAGCAGCAGCAGCAGCACCGCGCGACCGAGCUGAAGCGCGAGCAAGAGGCCGUUCCUGCGUAUGGCCAUGAGUCUCUCGUCGCCAGCCCGGAGGACCAGGCGAGCCCUGACGGACCGGCGAAAAAGAAGCAGAAGCGAAAUAAGCCUACGCUGAGCUGUCGCGAAUGUGUUGACAGAAAGACAAAGUGCGAUAGAGGCCGGCCCCAUUGUCUAGCCUGCAUCAAGCGACAGACCGAGUGCAAAUAUGAUGCUGUUGCGGAUCUCCUCGAAGAAACAACGCGCACUGCCGCCAAUGGGCGCCGCAUGACGAAGCCUCCUAAAAAACGAGGCUCAGACAGUAGCCCUUCUGUCAUUCCGAAUGUCGCCGAUCGCGGCGCCAUUGAUGGUCGCAGUUUUGCCUCCCGCGGCCUCACCAACUCAAGCACGCUCCUCUCCAAUGUGCCCUACUCCCUACCAACGGCGAGCAACGUUUUUGGCAUCGGGUCUGAGCACCCUUUUGCCAACUACUGGACAUUCGAAGGCGGUUUGCCAGAAGUCAUUGGUGUGCUACCAGACAAGUUUCAAGCAGAUAUUCUGCUGACCAAAUAUUUUGACGUUGUCGAUCCCGUCUACCCCAUGAUCCACCGCCAGACCUUCUACGCAGACUAUGAGCACUUCUGGAGCCUGCCCUUAGAAGAGCGAAACCAGUCAGACCCUGCCUUCAUCGGCCUCAUCUUCACCAUGCUCGCCCUCGGCACACAAUUUGUGGAGUCACCCAACACAAGCAAAGAGGCUGCCAAACAAACGGCCGAGUUCUACGCCUCUGCCAGCAAUCAGGCGCUGCGCAUCUUCUCCUACCUCAGCACUGCAUCUAUGCGGUCUGUCCAGGCCAUGGUUCUCGUCACAUAUUUUCUCAUUAAUGAUAAUCAUGCGUCCGACGGAUGGGCGUUCUCUGGCAUCCUGGUGCGCCAGGCGUACGCCAUGGGUCUUCAUCGCGAUCCCAACAUUGUCACCCCUCAUGCCUCUCUGUUUGAGAAACAACAGCGUCGUAAGCUGUGGCAGGCUGUCCUCCUUCAGGACACUUUCCUCACUGUUCUCCUGUCCUUACCUCCUUCGGCGACUCACACCGACGUCUCCGUCGAGGAUCUUUCCGACGACGGCUCCGCCAUCGCCAACAGUGAUCCCACCGAUAUUGCCUACAUUCGCGGCUCGUGGACGCUGGCAAACCUCGUCCAGGAAACAAUAUGCUCGCCACGCUCCCUCGACCUCCCCAUCUGCGCUACCGCCCGCCACAAGUCCAAGCUCAUCGCCGACUUUCGUGCCGUGUACCGCUCUUUCCCCGACGUGUUCCGAAGCUGGGACGGCGACUCGCUCUCGGCCCUUGCGCGCACGAACCGUCGCGUGGUGCGCCAGACCCUCUUUCUGACGAGCAACUACCACCACAACCUGAUGCUCGUCCACGCGUCGGAAAGCGCCGACGUGCCGGCCAACGUGCGCGGGACGCUCGAGGCGGCGCACGACGCCAUCGGCAGCUUCUUCCUCCUGUUCUCGCUGUUUGAGCUCGAGGCGAGGGUGUGGUGGGUCUUCAACCACAGGGCGUUCUUGGAGGCGCUGUGCAUCGGCAGCGUCAUUCGAGAGGCGGCGAAGCAGCCGGGCGGUACGGAGCUCGUGGUGCGAGACCCGCUGUUUGUGAGGGCGAGAGCAGAUAUCCAGAUUAUGAAGAUUAUGGGGGAUGGCGAGCAGGGGUCUGAUGUUGCCAGGACGAGGGUGGUCGUGUUGGAGGAGUUCUUGUAA